GUCAAGAACAUGAGUUUCACUCUAGGUAACUCAGUUGAUGUCUCCAUUCUAAGGCCACAAACUUCCCCCUGACUCUGGACAAUGUCCUGCAAAUAUGAGCUGUUAGUCAUAAGCCUCGGGCGCCGGGGAGGCUCGGCAGACCUGCUGAUUGGGGACCGAUAUGGCUGCGACUCUGGGCAGCGGGGAGCGGUGGACAGAAGCUUACAUUGACGCAGUUAGAAGAAACAAAUACCCAGAAGAUAGACCUCCUGAAAGUCAUGACCCCUGUGGUUGCUGUAACUGCAUGAAAAUGCAAAAGGAAAAGAAGUCUGAGAAUGAGUGGAACCAAACCCGGCAGGGUGAGGGGAGUGCCACUUACACUGAGGAGCAGCUGCUUGGGGUACAAAGGAUCAAGAAAUGCAGAAAUUACUAUGAAAUUUUAGGCGUGUCUCGAAAUGCCAGUGAUGAAGAGCUUAAGAAAGCUUACCGAAAACUUGCCCUGAAAUUUCACCCUGACAAGAAUUGUGCUCCUGGAGCGACAGAUGCUUUCAAAGCAAUAGGAAAUGCCUUUGCAGUCCUGAGUAAUCCUGACAAGAGACUCCGGUAUGAUGAAUAUGGAGAUGAACAGGUGACUUUUACUGCCCCUCGAGGCAGACCUUACAGCUAUUACAGGGACUUUGAAGCAGACAUCACUCCAGAAGAACUAUUCAAUGUCUUCUUUGGAGGACAUUUUCCUACAGGAAACAUUCAUAUGUUUUCAAAUGUGACAGAUGACAGUCACUAUUAUCGCCGGCGGCACCGACAUGAGAGGAUGCAGACACGGAAGGAAGAAGAAGAAGAAGAAGAAAAGCCUCAGAAUACGUAUUCUGCAUUUAUUCAGUUACUUCCAGUUCUGGUGAUUGUGAUUAUAUCUGUUAUUACUCAGCUGCUAGCUGCUAAUCCCCCAUAUAGUCUAUUCUAUAAAUCGACCUUGGGCUACACCAUCUCUAGAGAAACACAGAACCUGCAGGUGCCUUACUUUGUGGAUAAAAACUUUGAGAAGGCCUACAGAGGAGCCUCUCUACGGGACCUGGAGAAGACGAUAGAGAAGGAUUACAUUGAUUACAUCCAGACAAGUUGUUGGAAGGAGAAACAACAAAGAUGGUGGCUGUCCAGAGUCUCCGCACAACCCAAAUGCCAUCUGAGAAUGAACGGCAUCUGUCCUCCGGAUCCAGCAGCAAGUGCAGCCAACAAGGUUAAAUUUAGCACUUGGAGGUUGUAAAAAUAAACCCACUUGAGAACAAAGUUCACUCUUGGCAACAUAUCGAAUGGAAACUGUUUUUAGCAAAGUUAGCCAUUGUCUUUUUAAAACUUUUGUUCAUCUCUUUUCUCUGUUUUGCCUUAGAAUGCUUAAUCUGAGUGAAUUUCUAUGAGUAAUCCCUUACGAUGAACACUGAUUGCCCUGUUUACUCCUUCACAGCUGCAUCUAGAUAAUAAACCCAAUGCCAGGGGAAGUGGCCAUGCCACUGGGCUGAUGGGACAAAAGUAACAGGCAGGAUCUGCCUCCUGGCCUGACAGAGCUGAGCUGAGAUCCUGGCCCUGCCUGGCAGAGGAGCAUUUCUCUCCAUGCCCUGGAGCAGGGUAGCACAGUGGGUAGAAGCUUAGGCUUUGAAAUGGGGAUAAAAUGCACUUCCUCCUAGAGACGCUGUAUGGGUCAUAGAAGAUGGUAUGGGUAUAAUGCUUAGCAUGGUAUUUGGCACAUAUUAAAUACCCGGUUCCUGAUGGAGUCCAGGCCUUGCAUAGUCUUGCUAGCCUGGAUGCAGAACUGUCUCAUGUGGCUGGAUCCUGAGGAUGGUUGGGAUCCAUUGUGGUCUUCCUGACCACAUGACAGUAGAGUGUUCUUGGGAGAGGCUCUGGGAUGUGCUUCUUAAGCAAUUUGCCUGAGUCAGUUUCCCUGGAAGCCUCAAUACUCUGUCCUUCUAUCACAGGUCAAGGGAAACAUUUUGUGAAGAAGAAAAGCUGUUCUCUUGAUGCCCCUCCUACAGAUUUUUUUUUUUUUUACUUAGAAGUUACUGAAUUUUGACAAAGUAUGUCAAAAGUAA